AUGGCAGACCAGAUGAACCUCCCCGUCGUCGACCUCGACGUCUACCUCAACCAAGAGGCGUCGUCGCCCGCCGUCGUCGCCGAGUGCGCCAAAGCCGCCAACGCCCUCAUCACCUACGGCGCCCUCGUGCUGCACGACUCGCGCGUCUCCCCCUCGGACAACGAGUCCUUCCUCGACCUCCUCGAGGACUACUUCGCCCAGCCGGAAGCCGAGCUGCGCAAGGACGAGCGCCCCGAGCUCAGCUACCAGAUCGGCGUGACGCUCGAAAACACCGAGAAGCCCAAGUGCGCCGUCGACGAGCCCUGCCUCGACGUCAUCCGGCGCCUGCACCCCUCGCAGCGCCCGCUCGACAUCUCCGCCCACCAGCCCGACCCGAAAUGCCGCUUCUUCUGGCGCAUGGCCUCGCCGCCGCCCUACGAGACGCAGUUCCCGGGCCUCAACGCCGCCAACGUCGUCCCCUCGGCCGACGCCAUCCGCCAGCGCUGGGCGCCCACAAUGGACAAAUGGGGCACCUGCAUGAAGGACGCCGUGUCGAAACUAUCCGAAAUGACCGCCGUGGGCCUCGGCCUCCCAGCAACAUACUUUAGCGACGCCGGCGCAUACGGCCCGCACCUCCUCGCGCCCACGGCGUCCGACCUGACCAAGUACGCGCAAAAGGACACCAUACUGGCCGGCUUCCACACGGACCUCAACUUCCUCACCAUCCACGGGCGCUCGCGUUACCCAGGCCUCAACAUCUGGGCCCGCAACACGGGUGACCGGCUGGCCGUCGCCAUCCCCCCCGGGAACCACCUCCUCGUCCAGGCGGGCAAGCAGCUCGAGCACGCGACGGGCGGCCUCAUCAAGGCCGGCUACCACGAGGUCGUCGUCAACGAGCGCACCCUCGACGCCGUCGCCCGCCGCGCGCGCGAGCUCCCCGACAGGCCGCUGGUCCGCAUCUCGAGCACUCUCUUCUGGCACCUCAACUCGGACUUUGACCUGGCCCCCGUCCCCGAGCUGGCCGCCAGGGCGAGCAAGCUGAGGCAGGAGCAGCGGCUGCUGGGGAGGGACGAGGGCGACGAGCCCAGCUACCCGCCUACCAAGGUGGGACACCAAGUCCAGGGGUGA